CCUUCGACUUAAUUUUUUUCUUUUCUUCCUCACCUUCUUCAAUCGCUAUUUCUCAUCUCUUUUCUCUCUUAUCUCUCUCUAUUUCGCUCUAUCAACCUUAAUAACCUUCUCAAAAUGGUCGAAAAGCUCUUCAUCUCCUACGAGUACGUCCACAAACUGUGCCAGCGCUCCGCCCCCAUCAUCAAGUCCAAGUUCAAGCCCGACCUCAUGGUCGCCAUCGGCGGCGGUGGCUUCAUUCCUGCCCGUAUCCUUCGCACCUUCCUCAAGGAACCCGGCUCCAAAAACAUCCCUAUCCAGGCCAUCGGUCUCACUCUCUACGAAGAGAUCGGUGUCGUCGAGAAGACCGACGCGGAGAAAGCCGAGCAGGCGGCGGCAGAGGCCGAGGAGGUCAAGCGCGAAGCUGAAGGUGUGCCCGAGGCCGAGGAAGUCGGCGUAGAGGUCAUCAGAACGCAGUGGCUCGACUUCAACACCCUCGAGACUCAUGCACUCAACCUCAUCGGCAAGAACAUCCUCGUGGUUGACGAGGUCGACGACACCCGCACCACCCUGCACUACGCUAUCACAGAGCUGAUGAAGGACGUUAAGAUCCAGGCGCAGAAGCUCGGUCGUGAGGAUGAGGUCACAAACUUCUUUGUUUUUGUCUUGCACAACAAGGAUAAGCCCAAGCGUGCUCAUCUGCCCAAGGAGCUCAUGGACAAGGGCCACUAUCUCGCCGCAGAGACCGUCGAGGACAUCUGGAUUGCUUAUCCUUGGGAGGCCACCGACAUCGAUCUGCAGACCAAGUAUGCCGCCGAGCAGGGCAACAUAUAAUCAAUUGAGGGUGUAGAGGUGUUUUUGUUAUCUGCCCUAUGUUGAUUGAGUUGUUGCUUGGUUUUUUACUGUUAUCGGAUCUAGUUUGUCGUGCGUCUAAUAGUGUGUUUAUGAAUGAUAUUUUGAUUAAUUACUGCCGCCUUUUCGUUAUCCGCCAGCCAGCAAAGCGGGCAGCUCUAUAGAUACUGUCAUUCGCUUUUGUUUUUAUUUGUUCUAUGUUUACUUUUUGUCUAAUAUCUUGUUUCCGCGUUGUGCAUGGUUGUUUCGAUUGAGGUAGAGUUGUCUAGGAGAUAAUUACAUGUCUUGCCCGACUUCCAAAUAUCUGUGCAAACUACCCACUUUUUAACAACAACGAACAGAUCUAUCCUAUCGACAGUAAACAGGUUUCUCUCAAUGUUUGAUAAUUGAACAUGUAAACACGGACGCAGGCGGCGGAGAUAAGAA